AGGGCCGGGUCGGCCCCGUCGAGUACAACGAAGCAGCAGCCCGCUGCUGCUGAGCAGGUGGAGGACCCACCUGGUGAGGCUGGAGCAGUGGAGGAUCCCGCUGCCGCGGCGGCCGCGGCGGAGGAGCCCGCUGCUGAGGAGCAGGCGGAAGGUACUGUUGAGGUGUCAGGAGUGGAAAGUGUGGAAAUGAGUGUAGAUGUAGGAAUGGAUGAGAGCGCAGUGUUGUGUGGUGAUGGGGUGAAUGUCGGUGGUGAUGGUAUUAAUGGUGGGAGUGAUGGGGUGAAUGGUGGUGAGGGUGAAAGUGAAGUGAGGGAGAGAGAGGGUGUGCAGGGAGAGCAGCAGGUGGAGGUGAGAGGCGAUGAAGAGCAUUUAGGGGGUGGGGAUGAGGGAGAGAAAGGAGAGGUGCAGGUGGAGGAACAGAACGGUGCAGAGUUGGUUUUUGGAACUGGAGUGGCAGGAGAGACAGAGGAUGUGGUGGAGUUGGAGGCUUCAGCCCCGUUAAAGAGGCGAAGCAAAAGGAGGAAUGUGGUGGCUGCUGUGCAGGCCAGCAAGCAGGCUUACAAGCUGGCUGCAGAGAGGAAGGAGGUGUCGGACAGCAGCGACAAUGAGAGCUGGUUCUCUGACAGCAGCGAAAUAUCUGUCAGUCAAACAAGUUGCAAAACACCAAGAUACCCUGUAGAGUCUUUUAGAACUUUUUUAAAAGAAACUAAAGGAUUCAGAGGUAUAAAAAUUGAAAGUUUCUUUCCUGAUUUAAAACUGUUUUAUUUCUCAGCAAGAUAUCACAUCAGGAACAAAGAAGUAUCAGGUUUUGCAGAAACAGAAGUUUUUAGAUUAAAGAAAAUAAUGACUAAAGUUAGAAAACAACUUUGAUUUUAAAUGAUGCACAGUAGUAUUUUAUUACUUUUUAUAGUCUUUUGGUAUUUUGGUUUUAGCUUCUUACCCAAUAUGGAUUCUUUUAAAAUGGCAUCAUUGAAUCUUAACGGGGCGAGGGAAGCUGAAAAACGAGCUUUGAUUUAUCAAAUGCUGAACCAAAAGAAAAUCGACGUAAUUUAUCUGCAAGAAACACACAGUGAUCAUUUAAUAGAGACUGACUGGGUCAGAGAGUGGAGGGGGGAGGUCAUUUUAAGUCAUGGCACCUCCCAGAGUGCAGGGGUGGGCUUCCUCUUUUCUAGAGCGUUCACCCCAAACUCUA